AUGAGUGUCCAACAACCCUCGGAGCAAAUCUAUGAGCAUGACGUUGACUUCAACGGUGGUGCCUAUGGCGAGGCUCCUAUGGGAACAUGGCGUUCAAUGGCCAUCGCACCUCCGUUGCCUUCUGCCAGAGACAUUGUCUCCAUGGAUUUCCAGGAAGCUUUUGUACGCAAGUGCCUUUACCCGAGUCAGAGUUUCCUCGUAUCUGAAGGCUUCGUCGAAGAGGAAGAAAAGCAGUCAGAAAAGCAAGAUGAGGUUGCUAUAGUGAAGAUACGCACUCCGAGGCGUCCCAGCGAACCGCAGCCGGACUAUUUUGGUCAUCUCCUGGGGCAUCCCAUGUGUACCGACGAGGAUGAUGAGGAAGAGACUCCAGAUGUUCGUGUCGCGGAUCAGCCUGAAGUGAAGGUUGCUGCCACCGAUAGUCACGAAGAGGCAGACGAAGAUGUACGCGUUGAAGACCCGGAGUCUGUCGUAGCUGUGGAGCGGGUGGAGACGCCUGAAGUCAAGGAUGAGAUCGUCAUGAUAUGCCCUGAGAGUCAGCCGGUUCCAUCUGAGUCGGAAAAGGACCACGAGAUCUCCGAGAAAUCGACAGAGGAUGAUGAUGUUGACUAUUUUGGGCAUAUCAUGGGACAUCCCAUGAAUCAUAGUGGUUCCCAGCGCAAGAUCAAGUCACCGAAGGUGAAGGAAGAAGCUCCCAAGGUUGAAGAGGUCGACUCGCAGGAGAGUCAGGGCUCCGUCUUGGGCCUCUUUUUAGGAGGGGUCGAAGUCUGUGACCGAGAAGAAAACAUCGGGCAAUUCGCUGCUCGACCCAAGGAAGACUCCGGUGACUCCGGUGUUGUAGAGGGGGAGGCGGAGGAUCAUGCUGCGCUUGAGGCUGACGAGUGCAAUGCGCCCGAAUCCGAGGCUGUUGAGAAGGCUCCCGAGGUUGUGGAUUCUCCCAAGACCAGAGUUGUUCAAGAUGCGGUGAAGUCUCAUAUGGCUCAAGAAUGUUCUGUGCCACCCUCACCGGAAGUUACUGCUUGCAUUAAGCAAGAGAUCAAUGCUCCGGCCUUUGCACGACGUCCCUCUCGUGAACCAGAGGUUGUACCGGCUCGCUCUAGCAUCGAGGUCAAUCAGACUGUCAAAGCUGAGCGGCUCGGGGCCGGGGCGAAUUCCACCAGAAUCACGACCAAGAAGAAGUCUUUCUUCGCCGGACUCUGCGGCAGCCGGAGUCAUGACUGAGCAUACGAGGCUCUACGGACUCACAGAGACUGUGAUCUCAGUAUGUCCACGUGAUGCAUGCCAAACCGUGUAUAGUACACUAUCAAUUAAUGUCGACGCUAUCAUCGUUACCAUGUGAUGGCAUACUCGCUGAUGAUUCUUCAUGGAAUCAGAUGUCUCGCUGGAGAGCAAGUAUUUCUUUAUCACUGAUUUAUUUUGAUCCGCUACUGACUGUAUGAGUACACUG